AUGCAGCACGAGGAAGAAUUGAACAUAACCCCACCGUCGAGCCAAACGUUCAGCUGCGUGGCUUGUCAGCGACCGGACUCCGCAGAUAAUUUAGUGCAAUGCGAUAAAUGUAACUGCUGGUGGCAUUAUUCAUGCGCUGGCGUGACGGACUCUGUAGAGGGGCGAGAUUGGACGUGCUCAAGGUGCCUCCCCGCUCCAUCGAAGUCUAAUUCAAAUAAGUCCGGAUCUAGCCGUAAAGCACGGUUGGAGCUAAGUUUGCAACGUCUGGAGGAACAAAAAUCAUUAGCAAAAAAGCAGCUAGAGCUGGACUUAGAAAAACGGUUCCUUACUAAAAAAUUUCAUUUACUGGAACAAAGUAUUCUUGAAGAAGAAAGUGUCGGGAACAUGAGUGUUCGUAGUCGAAUUGAUGAGAUCGAGAAUCGAGACCGAGCAAAUCACGUUUCACAGUGGGUCGAUCAGCAGGCGAUGUCGGUUCCAAAUUCGGAACCAGCUGUUCAGUCGAAUAUAGUUAUCAGAGAUACUUGCAUCCCAACCGUUUUUGUAAACGGGCGACGAGAGGUUCAAUCGUUUCAACAGACCCAAGAAUGUGUCUCAGUGCAGUUACUCGAACGGCGUUUACACGACUGUCAAGUAAAUCCGACUUCAUUACAGCUACAAGCUCUCCAGGAGCAACUAAACAGAUGUCAGAUCCACCUGCAACAACAGAUGCUAGUACCGAAACCCAAGCGGUUAGAUCCUUCUAUUGUAUCACGCCGGCCGGUUCCUACCGACACGGCUCCUACCGGCGCGCUUCCUGUAAGCGCUGUUCCUAUCGGUGAAGCUCCAGUCGGCGUAAUUCCUACCAGUGCUGCUCCUACCGGCGCGGUUCCUGCCGAUACGGCUCCAACUGGUGCGCUCCCUGUCAGCGUUGAUCUUAUUGGCACAGUUCCUGUGAAUGCAAUUCCUACCGGUACGGUUUCAGCCGGCGUGAAUCACGUCGGCAAAUUUCCUGUUGGCGCUGUUCCCGUUGGCGAUGCUUCUGCCGGCGCAGUUCACAACACAAUUCCUGUAGGCGCAGCUCCCACCAGCACGGUUUCUACCGGCACAACUGCUGUCGGCGCUGUUCCUGUUGGCGCGAGUUAUUUCAACUCAAUUCCUUUCGGCGCGGUUCCUGCCAGCACAAUUCCUACUGGUGCGGUUCCUAUUGGCAUGUAUCCCACGGGAAUGUUAUCUAAUAAUUUCCACAAUCAAUUGAAACAACAGCGCAUAAGUGAAACAAUUCCAGCGCCGUUGCUCCCGCCACCCGCGGUACAAAAUGAAAGUGGUUUCAAUUUCGCACAUCCAGAUGAUCAGAUGCGGAAUUUUCCCGCGCACUCAUCGCAUGCCAUACCUCCCGGUAGUAACGAAAUUCCAUUCAGGACAGUCUCGACUCGUAAUCCUUCCCCAGAGCAAAUAGCUGCUCGACAUGUGAUGCCUCGCGAUUUGCCGGAAUUCUCAGGAGAUCCCGAAGAGUGGCCUAUCUUCAUAAGUAGUUUCAACAAUUCAACAGCGGUAUGUGGGUAUAAUCUGGGCGAAAAUCUUGCUCGAUUACAACGAUGUCUGAAAGGCGAAGCUUUAAAGUCAGUACGGUACUACUUAUUGAGCCCAGCAUCAGUUCCUGAUGUCAUUAGGACACUUCAGACACUCUACGGUAGACCUGAGAUCAUUAUUAAUAAGUUGAUUAGGAAUGUACGGGAUUGUCCUACUCCAAAGAGUGAACGGCUAGAGACGCUCAUUGAAUUCGGUUUAACCGUCAGAAAUCUAACGCAACAUCUCAUCUCAGCAGGCCAACAUGAUCAUCUCUCCAAUCCCGUUCUUCUGCAAGAGCUCAUUGAAAAGCUGCCGGCGAAUGUUAAGCUACAGUGGGCUCAGCAUUUGGCACAUCAUUCCGUACCCACGCUAAAAGUAUUUAGCGAUUUCAUGUCGUCAGUGAUAGAAUCCGUUAGCAAAGUGGUAUUGUUUGUAGGAAAUCGUGGUAAACCGGAGAAGAGUGGACCUAGGGAAAAAGGUUUCCUGCAUGCUCACAGUGAAAAUACGGUAUCACCGAAGAAGGAUAUGAAACGAGCAGAUUCUCCAAGAAAAUGCUUAGUUUGUGAAAGAGGAGACCAUCGCGUCAGAGACUGUGCAAAAUUCAAAGAGAGUAGUGUUGCCGAUCGAUGGAAAGCCAUCCAUUCUUUGAAAAUGUGUAGAACCUGUCUGAAUACACAUGGCCGUCGAACAUGUCGUAGUACUGAACGAUGCGGUAUAAACGGGUGUCAGUUUCGGCACCAUCCACUGCUCCAUGCAGAAAUACAGAAUAAAUCUACAUCUCCGUCUCUUGAGAAUCAUGCCUUUCAUCAUUGUGGACAAUCGAUAUUAUUCCGGAUUGUUCCUAUCACCAUUCACGGCAAAACAAAAUCCGUGAAUACUUUCGCUUUUCUCGACGAGGGGUCAUCGACAACGCUCGUUGAAAGAAGUUUAACCGAACAGAUUGGCAUCGAAGGACCGAACGUUCCUUUGUGCUUGAAGUGGACUGGUGAUAUGACCCGUUCGGAAGACGAAUCCCAGUUGGUCACAUUAGAAGUUUCACAGCGUGGCGGACGUCGGCGAUAUCCUCUGAGAAAUGCCCGGACGAUAAGUUGUCUCAAUCUUCCAUCGCAAACCGUACGUUUCGAUGAACUACAACGUGAAUACGGGCACCUCAAGGGUUUAGAAAUCCGCAGUUAUGAGAAUGCUAAGCCACAAUUGUUGAUUGGUCUCCGAGAUUUGUCGCUGGCUGUACCGCUGAAAAUUAAAGAAGGUGAUGAUGGACCCAUAGCAGUAAAAUCUCGGUUAGGCUGGUCCGUGUAUGGUAGCCUCUCCGGCACAAGAAAAUCGUUAAAUUUUCUCAACUUCCAUGCUUGCGAUUGUGAGAGUCUUAACGAAAUGGUGCGGGACUACAUUGCGACAGAGGACUGUGGUGUAAGUUCAAAAAUACUUUUAGAAUCCGAUAGCGAUAAGCGAGCCAACAUGUUGCUCGAGCAAACGACCGUUCGAAUCGGCAACCGUUUCACGACUGGGUUGCUAUGGAGACACGAUUACGUAGAGCUACCGGACAGUUAUAUGAUGGCAAUUCGACGACUGGAAUGUUUGGAACGUCGUAUGCACCGUAAUGAAACGUUAAAAGAAAGUAUUCAUCGUCAAAUCGCUGAGUACCAACAAAAAGGUUACGCUCAUUGUGCUUCGACUGAAGAGUUGGAAUCCGCGGAUCCAAGGCGUAUCUGGUACCUUCCUCUCGGCGCGGUUACUAACCCCAACAAACCGGGAAAAGUGAGGUUAAUAUGGGACGCGGCGGCUAGAGUAAACGGUAUUUCUUUAAACUCCGUCCUUCUAUCGGGACCCGAUCUUUUGACACCCCUGCCGUCAGUCUUGUUUCGAUUUCGGCAAUAUUCGGUGGCGAUCUCGAGUGACAUCAAGGAGAUGUUCCACCAACUUCGGAUUAAUGAUCGCGACAAGCACUCCCAACGUUUCUUAUGGCGCGAAAGCUCAGAUAAAGAGCCAAAAGUAUUUCUGAUGGAUGUCGCCACCUUCGGGGCUACUUGCUCGCCGACAUCUGCGCAAUUUGUCAAAAACAAAAACGCGCUUGAGUUCACUGAUAAAUUCCCACGAGCAGUACAAGGUAUCAUUCAAAACCACUACGUGGACGAUUACCUUGACAGUUUUGAAACGGUCGAUGAGGCAAAAUCUGUCGCUGAAGCAGUGCGACUGAUCCAUUCAAAGGGAGGGUUUACCAUUCACAAUUGGAUCUCUAAUAGCAAAUCUGUACUAGACCACCUCGGUGAGGUUUCGAACGCAGAUAUUAAACACCUGACAUCGGGAAAAGGCCACAUUGCUGAACGUGUUCUGGGUAUGCUGUGGCUUCCAGAGAGUGAUGAACUUGGCUUUUCUACUUCGUUCACUGAUCGUGUUAGAACCGCAAUGAAAAUGGGUGAUAGGCCGACAAAAAGGAUGGUGUUGAAAACAGUAAUGAGCCUUUUUGAUCCUUUAGGAUUGCUGGCCACCUUUUUGGUCCACGGGAAAAUUCUUUUGCAAGAUAUAUGGCGCACUGGAAUAAAAUGGGACGAUUCGGUCAACGAUAAACAUUUCGAAAGCUGGUUACGUUGGAUAGAUUUAAUCAAACAAGUGAGUAACUUCAGAAUUCCUCGAUGCUACUUUCACGACGCCAGUGCAAUGCUGUACGACUCGUUGCAAGCACACGUGUUCGUGGAUGCGAGUGAAGCUGCAUACUCAGCUGCACUGUACUUUCGGAUCAGACGUUCAGAUGGAAUCUUUCAAUGUAGUUUGGUGGCUGCGAAAACCAAGGUCGCUCCGCUAAAACACGUUACAAUUCCACGGUUAGAAUUAAUGGCUGCCUUGUUGGGUGCACGUUUGCUGUCAUUUGUCAUCGAAAACCAUACAAUUUCGGUUCGCAAACGGUUCUUAUGGACCGAUUCUGCUACGGUAUUAUCGUGGAUAUGUUCCGAUCAUCGCACCUAUCGACAGUUCGUAGCCUGCCGCGUAGGAGAGAUUUCAUCAGUUACUAACGAGAGCGAGUGGAGAUGGGUGCCGAGUAAAUUCAACGUCGCUGAUGAAGCUACUAAGUGGGGUAAGGGACCCUGCUUCGACGCGGGUUGUCGUUGGUACGUGGGACCUGAUUUUCUAUGUUUGCCCGAAGAUGACUGGCCAAAACAACCUACAACAGUCGCUACAAAAGAAGAAAUUCGUCCGUGUCUUAUCCAUCAAGAGACUCUGCCAACAACGUUAAUUCAUUUCGACCGCUUCUCAAGCUGGAACCGCCUUUCGAGAUCGUCAGCCUAUUUGGUGAGAGCAAUUACCUUUUGGAAGCGGAAGAAAAUUGGAGUCGCUGGCACAAGACGGUUAGCGCUGAGUCAAGAGGAGAUACGAGAAGGGGAAACAUUGAUUUGGAAACUAGUUCAAAGAGAAGUAUACGCCGAUGAACUGGUACUUCUAUCCAGAAACGAACUUCUUCCUGAAAAGGAACGAAUGGGACUCCUGCGAUCAAGCAACCUGUACACGUUGUCACCGAAAUUGGGACAAGAUGGCCUAAUACGCUUGGAUGGGCGUAUAGGAGCAACUGAAUUAGCAUCUUCGAAUGUAAAAUACCCCGUCAUACUUCCUACGUCACACCGUGUAACGAACCUCUUAGUUGAUCACUAUCAUCGUAAGUUCUUACAUGGAAACUCGGAAACUGUAUUCAACGAACUAAGACAGCAUUAUUAUGUGCCAAGACUUCGCGUUCUAAUCAGAAAAAUCGCGAGACAAUGUCAGUGGUGCAAGGUACAGAAAGCACGACCAGCUCUGCCAAGGAUGGCACCGUUACCAGCUGCUCGUUUGUCGCCAUACGUACGGCCGUUUAGUUUCGUGGGUCUGGACUAUUUUGGGCCUAUGUUGGUGAGAGUCGGAAGAUCGAAUGCGAAAAGGUGGAUCGCGUUGUUCACCUGUCUUACGAUACGAGCGGUACAUGUAGAGGUAGCUCAUGAGUUGUCUACACAGUCCUGUAUCUCGUGCAUACGUCGGUUCGUAUGUCGCCGGGGACCUCCCAUAGAAAUUUAUUCCGACAAUGGGAAAAAUUUCGUGGGAGCCAAUCGUCUUCUUAAAGAACAAAUUCAACAAAUCGAAACUUCGGCUUCCGAAACUUUUACUAAUGCUCAAACUAAGUGGGUUUUCAUACCCCCUUCUGCACCACACUGGGGAGGCUCCUGGGAGCGAAUGGUGAAAUCUGUGAAAGCUGCUCUAAUUAACCUUCCUCAAGACCGUAAACUUGACGAUGAAUCCUUGCAAACGAUGCUCGUGGAGGCAGAAUAUAUAGUCAACAGUCGUCCUCUAACCUACUUACCUCUCGAUUCGGCGGAACAUGAUGCAUUGACCCCUAACCAUUUCCUCCUCGGCAGUUCGAAUGGCCUUAAGCAACCAGUUUCUACGACCACAGACAAAUACUCCAUUCGAAACUCUUGGGAUUUGAUUCAAAGAAAUCUGGAUUGUUUUUGGACCCGCUGGAUACGUGAAUAUCUUCCGACGCUAACAAAACGUACGAAAUGGUUUGAUGAGGUUCGGCCCGUUCAACCAGGUGAUUUGGUGGUGAUCAUUGAUGAGGCGCGUAGAAAUAGUUGGAUUCGUGGGCGUGUACUGGAAGCGAUUGCUAGUUCGGAUGGUCGAGUCCGUCAGGUACUAGUUCAAACGUCUUCGGGAAUAUUCCGUCGACCAGUGUCGGAGCUCGCCGUGUUAGACGUUGGCGAAGUUGGUAAAGAUGAGUCAUCCACCCAUCCUUACGGGAGGGGGUAUGUUGCCGCGGAGUCAACACGAUUGGCAACACGGCUGAGCGAGGAAAUGAACACUGACAUUUCGGACAGCAAGGAGGAAGUGACUUCGAGCAAGCAGUGA